UGCUCUGGGAAUCGCGGGCGGCGCCGGCUGGCGGCGCGGUCCUCACUGGGGAUCCCGGGGGCUGGGGCUUGACCCGGAGUUGCAGCGAGCCCCUCAGAGCGGCAGUUUUUUUGAGUACUAGAACACCACAACCAUGUUUCGGAAUAGUCUCAAGAUGCUUCUUACUGGAGGGAAAUCGAGUCGUAAAAACAGAUCAAGUGAUGGAGGGAGCGAGGAACCACCGGAUCGAAGACAGUCAAGUGUAGACUCUCGCCAAAGCCGCUCUGGGCAAGGUGGCAUCUCCACAGAAAGCGACUGUGUUUUUGAGCCUGACUACGCCGUUCCACCACUUCCAGUGAGUGAAGGUGAUGCUGAACAGGAACUUGGUCCCCCUCCAUCUGUAGAUGAAGCAGCAAACACACUCAUGACUCGUCUGGGUUUCCUCCUUGGAGAGAAAGUGACGGAAGUUCAGCCAGGUGACCAAUACACCAUGGAAGUACAGGAUGAAAAUCAGACCUCAGCAAUCACGCAACGGAUAAGUCCCUGUUCCACCUUGACUAGUAGCACUGCCUCCCCACCAGCCAGCAGCCCCUGCUCCACCCUCCCGCCAGUCAGUUCAAAUGCAACUGCCAAGGAUUGCAACUAUGGGGCUGUAACUAGUCCAACCUCUACCCUUGAAAGCAGAGAUAGCGGCAUUAUUGCUACGUUGACAAGCUAUUCUGAAAAUGUAGAACGCACAAAAUAUGUUGGGGAAAGCAGUAAAGAAUUAGGAUCUGGAGGAAACCUAAAACCUUGGCAGUCUCAAAAAUCCAGCAUGGAUUCCUGUUUGUAUCGAGUAGAUGAAAACAUGACAGCUUCCACCUAUAGUCUGAAUAAGAUCCCAGAAAGGAAUUUGGAAACAGUUUUAUCGCAAUCAGUACAGUCUAUUCCUCUAUAUCUUAUGCCACGGCCAAAUUCAGUAGCAGCCACCAGCUCUGCCCACUUGGAGGACCUUGCUUACCUGGAUGAGCAGAGACAUACACCUUUGAGAACUUCUCUUCGAAUGCCGAGACAAAGCAUGGCUGGUGCUCGCACACAACAGGAUUUAAGAGUUCAUUUUGCACCUUAUAGGCCUCCAGAUAUCUCCCUGAAGCCUCUGCUCUUUGAAGUGCCCAGCAUCACUACAGAGUCAGUGUUUGUUGGCCGGGAUUGGGUUUUCCAUGAAAUAGAUGCUCAACUUCAGAGUUCAAAUGCCAGCGUGAACCAAGGAGUAGUGAUUGUGGGAAACAUUGGGUUCGGCAAAACUGCCAUCAUUUCCAGACUGGUGGCCCUCAGCUGCCAUGGAACACGGAUGAGACAGAUCGCCUCAGACAGCCCACACGCCUCCCCCAAACAUGUGGAUGCCAACAGAGAGCUGCCACUCACACAGCCACCUUCAGCCCACUCAUCCAUCCCCAGUGGAAGCUGCCCAGGAACCCCAGAAAUGCGCAGGCGGCAGGAGGAGGCUAUGCGGAGACUAGCCUCACAGGUGGUUGCCUAUCACUAUUGCCAAGCUGAUAAUGCCUACACCUGCCUGGUCCCAGAAUUUGUCCACAAUGUUGCUGCCCUGCUCUGCCGCUCACCUCAGCUGACGGCCUAUCGUGAGCAGCUUCUUCGGGAGCCUCACUUACAGAGCAUGCUGAGCCUUCGGUCCUGUGUUCAAGACCCCAUGGCCUCCUUCCGGAGGGGAGUCCUGGAGCCCCUGGAGAAUCUCCACAAAGAGAGAAAAAUCCCAGAUGAAGAUUUCAUCAUCCUAAUUGAUGGAUUAAAUGAAGCAGAAUUUCACAAACCGGAUUAUGGGGACACAAUUGUUUCAUUUCUGAGUAAAAUGAUUGGAAAAUUUCCUUCUUGGCUCAAACUAAUUGUAACAGUUAGGACCAGUUUACAGGAAAUUACCAAGCUGCUGCCUUUCCAUAGGAUAUUUUUGGAUCGACUAGAAGAGAAUGAAGCCAUAGACCAGGAUCUGCAGGCUUACAUCCUGCACCGGAUACACAGCAGCUCAGAGAUCCAGAAUAACAUUUCACUUAAUGGCAAAAUGGACAAUACUACAUUUGGCAAACUCAGUUCUCACCUCAAGACCCUCAGUCAAGGGUCCUAUCUAUACCUGAAACUCACAUUUGACCUCAUAGAGAAAGGCUAUCUAGUGUUAAAGAGCUCUAGCUACAAAGUAGUUCCUGUUUCGCUCUCUGAGGUUUAUUUACUCCAGUGCAAUAUGAAGUUCCCAACCCAGUCUUCCUUUGACCGGGUGAUGCCUCUCCUGAAUGUGGCAGUGGCCUCUCUGCACCCACUCACUGAUGAACAUAUCUUCCAGGCCAUCAAUGCUGGUAGCAUUGAAGGCACCCUAGAAUGGGAGGAUUUUCAGCAGAGAAUGGAGAACCUCUCCAUGUUCCUAAUCAAGCGCAGAGACAUGACUCGUAUGUUUGUACAUCCUUCUUUUCGAGAAUGGCUUAUCUGGAGAGAAGAAGGAGAGAAAACCAAAUUUCUCUGUGAUCCCAGGAGUGGUCACACAUUACUUGCUUUCUGGUUUUCCCGCCAGGAGGGAAAACUAAACCGACAGCAGACUAUUGAACUGGGACAUCACAUCCUCAAAGCACACAUUUUUAAGGGUUUGAGUAAAAAAGUUGGUGUGUCAUCUUCCAUCCUCCAAGGUCUCUGGAUCUCCUAUAGCACAGAAGGUCUUUCCAUGGCAUUGGCAUCUUUACGAAAUCUCUACACUCCAAAUAUAAAGGUCAGCCGACUGCUGAUUUUGGGAGGUGCCAACAUUAAUUACCGGACAGAGGUUUUAAAUAAUGCUCCAAUUCUGUGUGUCCAGUCUCAUCUUGGUUAUACAGAAAUGGUGGCCCUGCUUUUGGAGUUUGGGGCCAAUGUGGAUGCCUCUUCUGAAAGCGGCCUGACCCCUCUGGGCUAUGCAGCGGCGGCUGGCUUCCUGAGCAUUGUUGUACUUCUGUGCAAGAAGCGUGCCCAGGUGGAUCAUUUGGACAAGAAUGGGCAGUGUGCUUUGGUCCAUGCUGCACUCCGAGGUCACCUGGAGGUUGUCAAGUUUUUGAUUCAGUGUGACUGGACGAUGGCUGGCCAGCAGCAAGGAGUAUUUAAGAAGAGCCAUGCCAUCCAGCAGGCCCUCAUUGCUGCAGCCAGCAUGGGGUACACGGAGAUUGUCUCCUACCUACUUGAUCUUCCAGAAAAAGAUGAAGAAGAAGUAGAGCGAGCACAGAUCAACAGUUUUGACAGUCUCUGGGGAGAGACAGCAUUGACAGCUGCGGCAGGAAGGGGCAAGCUGGAGGUGUGCCGUCUGCUCUUGGAACAGGGGGCAGCAGUGGCCCAGCCAAACCGCCGAGGGGCAGUGCCCCUGUUCAGCACUGUUCGCCAGGGCCACUGGCAGAUUGUUGAUCUUUUACUCACCCAUGGAGCCGAUGUCAACAUGGCAGACAAGCAAGGUCGUACUCCCCUGAUGAUGGCUGCCUCCGAAGGCCAUCUGGGAACUGUGGACUUUCUACUUGCACAAGGUGCCUCCAUUGCUCUCAUGGACAAAGAAGGACUGACAGCCCUCAGCUGGGCUUGUUUGAAGGGUCAUCUCUCAGUAGUGCGCUCUCUGGUGGAUAAUGGGGCUGCUACGGACCACGCUGACAAGAACGGCCGCACCCCACUGGAUCUGGCAGCUUUCUACGGUGAUGCCGAGGUGGUCCAGUUCCUGGUGGAUCACGGGGCCAUGAUCGAGCAUGUCGACUACAGCGGAAUGCGCCCUCUGGAUAGAGCAGUGGGGUGCCGGAACACUUCUGUUGUUGUCACUCUUCUGAAGAAAGGAGCCAAGAUAGGUCCAGCCACAUGGGCGAUGGCCACCUCCAAACCAGACAUCAUGAUCAUCCUGUUGAGCAAGCUGAUGGAAGAGGGGGACAUGUUUUAUAAGAAAGGUAAAGUGAAGGAGGCUGCCCAGCGUUACCAGUACGCCCUGAAGAAAUUCCCUCGAGAAGGGUUUGGUGAGGACUUGAAAACCUUCCGGGAACUAAAGGUGUCUCUCCUCCUCAACCUCUCUCGAUGUCGCAGGAAAAUGAACGAUUUUGGAAUGGCGGAGGAAUUUGCUACUAAGGCCCUGGAGCUGAAACCGAAAUCUUAUGAAGCUUACUAUGCAAGAGCAAGGGCAAAACGCAGCAGCAGACAGUUUGCAGCAGCCUUAGAGGAUCUGAACGAAGCCAUCAAGCUCUGCCCAAACAACCGUGAGAUCCAGAGACUCCUGCUGCGAGUGGAGGAGGAGUGCCGCCAGGUGCAGCCGCCGCCUCAGCAGCCGCCUCAGCCUCCGCUCCCGGAAGAAACGGAACCCGAACCACAGCACGAAGAUAUAUACUCUGUACAGGAUAUAUUCGAGGAGGAGUACCUGGAACAGGAAGUCGAAAACGUCUCCAUCGGCCUCCAGACCGAGGCUCGGCCCAGUCAGGGGCUCCCGAUAAUCCAGAGCCCGCCUGCCUCUCCAGCCCAUCGGGACUCCGCCUACAUCUCUAGCUCACCACUUGGCUCACAUCAGGUUUUUGACUUCCGUUCCAGUAGUUCCGUAGGUUCUCCCACCAGACAGGGCUAUCAGUCCACCUCACCUGCUCUUUCUCCAACUCACCAGAACUCUCAUUACAGGCCUAGUCCGCCACACACUUCCCCAGCCCACCAGAGCGGGUCUUACCGCUUUAGCCCCCCGCCCGUGGGAGGACAGGGCAAGGAAUACCCAAGCCCUCCCCCUUCCCCUCUCCGAAGAGGCCCUCAGUAUCGGGCCAGCCCUCCAGCCGAAAGCAUGAGUGUCUAUAGAUCCCAGUCUGGCUCACCCGUGCGCUAUCAGCAAGAAACAAAUGUGAGUCAGCUUCCUGGCAGACCAAAAUCUCCAUUAUCCAAAAUGGCCCAGCGGCCCUACCAGAUGCCUCAGCUUCCUGUGGCAGUUCCCCAGCAAGGGCUCAGGCUACAGCCUGCCAAGGCCCAGAUUGUGAGAAGCAACCAGCCCAGCUCAGCAGUUCAUUCAAGCACUGUCAUCUCUACAGGGGCCUAUGGCCAAGUAGCCCACUCGAUGGCUAGUAAAUACCAGUCUUCACAAGGAGACAUGGGAGUAAGUCAGAGCCGGUUGGUUUAUCAAGGGUCAAUUGGGGGGAUCGUAGGGGAUGGGAGACCUGUGCAGCAUGUCCAGGCUAGCCUGAGUGCGGGUGCCAUCUGUCAGCAUGGAGGGUUGACCAAAGAAGACCUUCCACAGCGACCUUCCUCAGCAUAUCGAGGUGGUAUGAGAUACAGCCAGACACCACAGAUUGGACGUAGCCAGUCCGCAUCCUACUACCCAGUCUGUCACUCCAAACUAGAUCUGGAGCGUUCCUCCAGCCAGCUAGGUUCCCCUGAUGUGUCACAUUUAAUCAGAAGACCUAUUAGUGUCAACCCGAACGAAAUCAAACCCCAUCCACCAACUCCCAGGCCACUGCUACACUCCCAGAGCGUGGGCCUCCGCUUCUCUCCAUCUAGCAAUAGUAUCUCAUCAGCCUCCAACCUCACUCCUACCUUCCGGCCAUCUUCCUCGAUUCAACAAAUGGAGAUCCCACUAAAACCGGCGUAUGAUAGGUCAUGUGAUGAGCUGUCACCAGUGUCUCCCACUCAGGGAGGUUACCCCAGUGAGCCCACCCGAUCCAGGACCACACCAUUCAUGGGGAUCAUAGAUAAAACAGCCCGGACUCAACAGUACCCCCACCUUCACCAGCAGAAUCGGACCUGGGCCGUGUCAUCCGUGGAUACCGUUCUCAGUCCCACGUCUCCAGGCAACCUGCCUCAGCCUGAGUCCUUCAGUCCACCAUCAUCCAUCAGCAACAUUGCCUUUUAUAACAAAACCAACAAUGCACAGAAUGGCCAUUUGCUGGAGGACGAUUAUUACAGCCCCCAUGGGAUGCUGGCUAACGGGUCCCGUGGAGACCUCUUGGAGAGAGUCGGCCAGGCCUCCUCAUACCCCGAUGUGAAGGUGGCUCGGACCCUCCCUGUGGCUCAGGCAUACCAGGACAACCUGUAUAGGCAGUUGUCCCGGGACUCUCGACAAGGGCAGACAUCCCCUAUCAAACCAAAGAGACCAUUUGUGGAGUCUAAUGUUUAAAAGACGUUUGUUGGAGUGAGACCCAUAUGUUUUCACUGCACAUUUUCAGGCUUGGUUUCCAUAUCUGAGGUAGUUCCCUGGCUUAAUUUCUCAUGUAGUUUCUGUGUGGUGUUCAGAGGUGGCAGCCCACAUGCUGGAGUUCUUUGCAUGCAGCCGACCGGGAAGCUGGCCUCCAGCGAGCCAGGACUUCAGUUUCUCCCGUCUG